AUGAGACCACGGUCCCGAAAAGAGCAGUACGACACCUCCGGGGCUCCUCAGGUGGAGCCUCUGAACCGUGGCUUCGAUGGAGCCGAUGCGGCUCCCAGCUCCGUCCGACUGAAGGACGGCGAUCAGAAGCAGGCCGUAGCAUCCAGUCUAUCCGAAGCCAAAGACCUUCGCGGCUCGGAUGCCGGGGACACACCGGUGGCUGCUGAUGACGGUACGUCGGAAUCGUUGGCCGCGAACUACUUCCUGAAAGAGGCUGGAGAGCUACAGAACCUUCAGCAUUUUGGAGGUGGACCACUCGUGCGUGCCCGCAAGAGGCAUGUGUUCAAGACGGGUGCUGUGUACGAUGGGCAGUGGUUAGGAAAUGCUCGAGAUGGCCUGGGCAAACAGACUUGGCCGGAUGGUGCCGAGUACAUUGGUGAGUGGAAGAACAACGUGGUGACUGGUAUGGGCAGUUUUGCCCAUGGAGAUGGAGAUCGCUACAUUGGGAUGUGGAGAAAGCGUCUGUUAGUCCUGGCCGUAUCGGUGCCACCGACUUUGAUCACCCUCCUUCUUGAAGAUAAGCCUCCAAAGAAAGCUGGUUCCGCGAUCAUGAUCUUGACUUUGGAGCGCCCGUUGAGGAAUGCCUUGAAUCAAUGGUUCCGUGGCAUGGAGCCGUAUGAGAUCCUUCGCAGGAGUGCCCUGUUGGCGCUUGCUGUGAAGCUCUUGGCGCGCCUCAGAUGGAUCAUGAGGCACGAGGGCUUGAAGGCGUUCUUCUUGGACCUUGUGAUGCCUUACCUGAAGAAGCUGCCGAUGGUUCAGGCGAAGCUCCAGAAAGAGAUGCUGAAGACACAAACCGACAUGAGGGCCGCCUUCUCCAAGGAUCUCACGGACCCACGAAUGCACCUGCCUGGCAAAGGUAUCCCGGAUCAGGAGAUUCUGACGUUAAUCGAGCAGCGUAAGCAGCUGGACACCACACGCUGGACCUGCGGAAAGAUCACGGGUGCCGUGUACCACGGCGGGCAGGAGCACUACGACUUUAUUGGAAAGGUGUUUUCCAAGUGGGCAUUCUGCAACCCCUUGCAUCCGGACUUGCAUCCGUCCUUGCGGCAGAUGGACGCCGAGGUUGUGCGGAUGGUCAUAAACAUGUACAAUGGCGGCGAAGAUGCUUGCGGAGCUUUCACAACUGGAGGGACUGAGAGCAUCCUGAUGGCCAUGAAAGCACAUCGUGACUGGGGAGCUGCCGAAAAGGGCAUUCGGGAGCCAAACAUUGUCGUGUGCAACACGGCGCAUGCCGCUUUUGACAAGGCAGGGAAGUAUUUCAAGAUCUUUGUGAAGAAGGCCAGAACCGACAAAGACAUGGCUGUGGAUCUGAAGCACCUGGAGCAGCUCAUCGAUAGCAACACCGUUGCCAUUGUAGGCUCUUGUUGCCAAUAUGCGCAUGGGACCGUGGAUCCGAUCGAAAGCAUGGGAAAGAUCGCCAAGAAGCACAAUGUUGGGCUCCACGUGGACUGUUGCCUGGGGGGCUUCCUCGUUCCAUUCAUGGAGAAGGCCGGCUACCCCCUGCCGCCCUUCGACUUCAGAGUUCCUGGGGUCACAUCAAUCUCAUGUGAUCCUCACAAGUACGGUUUCGCUCCAAAGGGAAGCUCAGUGGUGAUGUUUUCGAGCCGGGAACUGCGCCAUCACAUGUACUGCUACUUGACCGACUGGUCCGGAGGUAUCUAUGCGACGCCCACCAUGACAGGCUCACGACCUGGUGGCCCCGUAGCCGCCACGUGGGCUGCGAUGUGCAGGUUCGGUGUAGAAGGCUACGUCGAGACAACCCGGCAAAUCGUUGGUGCUGCAAGGCAGAUCGCAGAAGGUAUCAAGAAGAUUCCAGGGAUCCACGUGGUGGGGCGAGCCGAGGUGUGCGUAGUGGCCUUCGACACGGACGCAGGCGCAGGCUUCAGCUGCUAUGCUGUGGCUGACUGCCUGAAACAGCAAUCUGGCUGGGAACUGGCCACUUGCCAGAAUCCAGCAUGCGUUCAUCUUGCAGUGACCCUGCUCACCGCAAAGAACGCCAAGCAGUUUCUCAUUGAUCUUGAGGCUGCAGUGCAAGCGGUGCAAGAAGCUCGAGGAGAUCCGGACAAGUUCAAAAAGACUGCCGGCAUGUAUGGCAUGGCUGCCACUCUUCCAGCUGCAUUCAUUGAGGAUGCUGCCGGCGGCUUACAGCUGCGCGGAGGUCUAGAGCUGAUAAAUCCGACCAAACGGUUCAUGGGAUAA